UAAAGGGCCCGCGGAGGGAUGCGGUAGGAGCUGCGGCAGCGAGCGAGAGUCCAGCGGCCGCCGCCGGGGGAGCAGCGCGUGAGGCCCGCCCGCCUGGAGGCCCCCACCCCCCCCCGCACCUCUGCCGCCGCCUUCUGGCCCCCCCUUCCCCUCCCUUCCCCCCCCUUUUCUUCUCCUUCCCCUCCCCCUCCCCCCUUCGCGCUGUCGCCACCUCCGCACUCCUCCUCCUCCCCUCCCCCUCGGAAAAUAGUCCCCGCGGGCUGCCCCCUCCCCGCCCGCGCGCCCCUCCUCGCCGCCUCGCGCACACAAUGGCGCUGAAGAGAAUCCACAAGGAGUUGAAUGAUCUGGCACGUGAUCCUCCAGCACAGUGUUCAGCAGGGCCUGUUGGUGAUGACAUGUUCCAUUGGCAAGCUACAAUAAUGGGACCAAAUGACAGUCCCUAUCAGGGUGGUGUAUUUUUCUUGACAAUUCACUUCCCAACAGAUUAUCCCUUCAAACCACCUAAGGUUGCAUUUACAACAAGAAUCUAUCAUCCAAAUAUUAACAGUAAUGGCAGCAUUUGUCUUGAUAUUCUACGGUCACAGUGGUCUCCAGCACUAACUAUUUCAAAAGUACUUUUGUCCAUCUGUUCUCUGUUGUGUGAUCCCAAUCCAGAUGAUCCUUUAGUGCCUGAGAUUGCACGGAUCUACAAAACAGAUAGAGAAAAGUACAACAGAAUAGCUCGGGAAUGGACUCAGAAGUAUGCGAUGUAAUUAAAGAAAUUAUUGGAUAACCUCUACAAAUAAAGAUAGGGGAACUCUGAAAGAGAAAGUCCUUUUGAUUUCCAUUUGACUGCUUUCUAUGAGCCCACGCCUCAUCUUCCCCUGUGCACAUGUUUACCUGAUACAGCAGUGCUGCGUGUUGUACAUACUUGGAACAACAAAAUAGAAAUACUGUAUUUCCCCGUACCAACAUUGACUCCUAGCAAAGAAGUGUGUGUGUGUGUGUGAAAAGCUAGUUCUUCAAUCAUAACUUUGUGAGCCUAAAAGCAUUCCUUGUUGAUUUAAUUGGGUGAUACAAUGUGAAUGGGAGAGUUCUGGUGGGUAUUAUAUAUUUCUAGGGACAGUCUUGCCUAUCCAUGAAGGAUUUUAAGUGGAAUCCUUUUAAACUCAUAACAGUUAUGAAAAGCAAGGUGAAGAACUUGAAGCUGUUUCUGUAUUCAUUUUAUUCUGAAGGACCUACACCUUAGGUAAAUGUUAUGACCAAUGAGAUAAACUGUACCCACAUCCUGUGUUUAAGGUCUAAGUUUAACUGGUCAACAUUUAAAUGGAUUGGAGCUAUUAGUGCAUCAAGUGAUGUUGAUUUGUUUCAACUCUCUCUCCCCUCCCUCAUACUUUUUUUUGGUUUGUAUGUGGUUUCUCAGUUAAUACAUAGCUAAUAGCUCUUAUUUUUCUUAAGUUUUUUUUAACUGCUUAGGUCUUUCUGGAUGUAAGGGUGAAAAUCCAUUUGACAGAAAACUUGUGUAUAUUUAAAGACCCAACUGCUCCCCUGGAGCUUGUACGUUCAAGAAUGAUUAAUCUGUGUAAUAAACUGAUUACUACAGUCAUUACAUAUAACUUUGUGUGAAUAGGCUUUUAAUUUUAAGAGCAGUUUGUUACAGGCUAAAACUAAUGGUGGAUUUCCCUAAAACUUCUGCAUUCACAAAUGGUUGCAUUUGAAAAUCAUGAAGCAAUUUGGUUUGCAUCACACAGGGCUAUGCACCUGAACAAGACAGACAUAAGCUUAAAAAUUUACAUGAAAUCAAGAUGUGUAGUGUGCCAGGAACUUGACUGUUAAACCAAAUAAGCAGUUUACUAAAUGAGAAUCUGAGUGACAUUUUACAAAGCCUAAUGGUAUUAUUCCCACUUGCAUGGGACUUAACACAAUGCAUAUGUACUGUAGGUAAGUGAAACCUUAUGUAACUAAAAUAAUGGAUGUAAAAGGGUUUAAAAAAAAAUUACCAAACACAUCAGCACAAACUUUCAUAAGAUGUAGCUUUUACAUAAUUACUUUGCACUAAACAUUUGCAAAUGUUCAUACAGUUUUAAAUUGUACUUGUAUGUGUCUUUUUUGAACAAAAUCUUCACUUGAAUCUAGUGAAAAUGUAGUUUGAAACUUUUCUUUGUAUACAAGUGUAUUUGCCAGCAUCAUUCAUGUGAAAUAGGUGAGUCUACAAGUUUAUCUCCUCUUAAUAUAAUUGUAAACAAAGCCAUCAACUAUGAAGGAGAGGCUGUAGCCUCCAGCUCUCUGGCCACAGGGGUCUGUCCCAUCCAUUUUCAAAUGCAUCUUUACACUCUUGCACAAAUGAGGAAUAAAUGUCCACUGCUUUUGGUCUAAAUCUGUUCCACUUGUCUCAUCUCUCGAUGUCCUUGUGUAUACACUUCUGGAUAUAAAUGUUAGCUGUGUUUUUUUGGAGUCUUCUGUACAGCAAGCUGUAGGUGAAACUUGGAUAUGUGUGCAUCUUCAGCAGGCAUGAAGACUGCUGCCUUUGCAAUGUGACAGGCUUGCUGCCUGAGAACCGCUGUGUGGGGGUGAAGCAGUGUGUUCUGAUGAAGGUGACUCUAAAACCAUGGUGCAGAGCUUCAAUUAAAAAGAAAUGGAGCACAUAGCCAUGCAUUGUGGCUAAGUGGCAGGAAUAGGGAUGACCCAGAGCUACUGGGGAGCUGGGAGAAAUGUGGUGUGCAGAGGUAUGAACUGGCUAUUGAAUCCUCUUAAUACUCCUAUGUUAUGCUAUGAGGUGUUAGUCUUUUCUGGUUUAGAAAGCAUUAAGUGGCCUACCACUGAAGUGUGGCCCUGCAUAGAAACAUAGCCUCAAACAUGAAAACUAUGCUGCAGUGGCAAAAUUAGAAAGUAGGCUAGUAGCUACAAGUUUGUCUGAACCCUUGGUCUUUUGUUAACCUUUAAUUGUGAUCUGGCCUUACUUCUUACUAAACCUCUGUCUUAACAUGCAGGCUAGCACUCCUGUUGGACCCUUGGUGAUGGGGGAGAGAACAUGCAUCAGCUACAGUGAAGUCAUCCACCCAGGUUUCUGUAAAGGGUGGGGGGGAGGUGUUGUAAUGUCUUUGAUAUGUACAAACAGGUUUGGUUGGAAUUGUUGCAAACCUUGCAGCAAGCUAUUUUGGGUGGGUUCCCGUUACUGCUUUACAAGAACAAUUUUUGGGGCAGGUCUGUCUGGUAAUUAUAACUGCUGAGGACAAAAACAGAUCCAGAGGCCUGUACAAAAGAGUUAUAAGCUGGAGAGCAAAAGAAAGGAGUAGUAGUGGGUAUAGAAAUUGAGGAUGAUGGCUUCCCUUUCUGUGAAGGUGCAGAAAUAGCAUAUGGUAGGUGACAAAGCAGUGCAACCAUGCAUUAAUUGUAACAGUCAAGUCCUGAAUGCUCGCAUAACUUCAGCUUGCAUACUGUAUUAACACUUGCUUGUGUUGAAGUGAUUGUCAUAUUUUUGGAAUGAAAUGUUUAAGGAGUUUGGACUUCUUUGUUGGUGACAUCACAAAAGCCAUGGUUUGGCCAAAGGAAGCUUGGCAAUACUGCUCAAGGGGCUCCUGUGCUGUCCCUCAGGUGGGUUGGCCAUUUGUUGUUGAGGGUGAUACUGUCAACUAGGUAAGGGGGCCCUUUGUAAGGAUUUAACCUAAAAUGUGAUCCAUGCCAGCCAUUCUUAGGGCUGGGUGUCAUACUGACUUGCUAUUUUGAAACCCUUCUAUUGUCCAGCUAUGCUAUAAAGCAUGAAACAGUACAAGAAGCCACAGAUUGCUGCCUUUCUAGGAACUCUGAAAUUUUCAUGUGAUGAAGUCUUUUUUUGGUCGCUGCCCAAAUUUUUUUGACUUGCUAGUAUUUUAACAGUUAACUACUUCACUUUGCAUGGCUCUCUGUACUGAGACUUCUAUGGACAUAGAUUGUAAGUGCUUAUUCAAUUUCCUUUUUUCUUUUUGCUGUGUGCUAAGCAAGUCUGUUUUUAUAAAGUUACUCUUCAGCUAUUUAGAUACCUCUAACUCUGGCAAUGAUGUAAAGCUGGAACACUUACAUGACUGGAUGCAUUAGAUGUGUUCAUCAACACCCAUCCCCUAAAACAGAGUAAACAGAGGACAAAUGUCUUCAAGUUCAGUGAGCCAUACAGCAUGUAAAUCUUUUAGGACCAUUGCCUGUAUCAAACAGCUGGGAUUAUUUGACAGUACAUCUACCCACUUCUGAUAUGUAUUGUUUGCAACUUGAGUUUUCGGGGGCUAUUUGCGUACGUCUGUCAUACUUGUACACAAGAUGACAUGAUCCUCUAGCUCAACACUAAAUGGCUGCUGCUCAGUAUGCAGGAAGUUGCAGUUAGCUUAAACAGGUAAUGUUGCCUUUGUGUAGAAUCCAGCCUUCUAGUUACUAGGAUGAAGCUGAUUGUAGACAGUACUGGAGGACUCAAGAGUACUGUACUUGAUCUAUCUAGCUUAUCCUUAGGUAGGAAGCACUAACAGCAUUUCUUAGUUGUAGCCUUUUGGCAAUGCAAGAGUAAUUUUGCAUUGAGAUUGCUUUGCUAUACUGAUGCUUUAAAAUAAGCUGCAUGUUUAAGUGUCUACAAAUCUUUGUUUGCUGUCUGCACAUGUCAAAUGACGUAGCAAAACACAGUGAAACUAAGUUAGAUACAAUCGUGUGUCCCUACUGUGUUCAGUAAAGCAAGUGGUAACCUGUCCCUUGCCACUUUAGUCCAAGUGGUAGCUUUUCUAGUUCUCUGAAGCUGCAGCUGGUGACACAAAAGCCUGGCUGCUUUUUCUGACCAUGUUAGUUAUCAUCUUACUACUCACAGCAGCAAAACUGCUCUCAAGCUGUUCUCCUUGAUCUCCAUUCUGAUAAAUGGUGAAAGAUCAGAAGCCUGAAGGAAAGGAUGGUGGAAGAAGUGCUUUGCUGUGUUAAAGACUGCAUUCUUCAUGUGUCCAGAGCAGCUCUUGCUGCUAGUGAGAAAAUGGCAGAACACCUGGGCAUGUGGGAGGUGCAGUGGUCCUGCUCGAAGCAGUUACUGUUCAAAUGCCAUCUUGCUCUAAAGAAUUGAAAUAGCGUGAUAACGUCACUGAACAUGCUCAGCAGCACUUCUGCUGCAGCUUGGAGAGCCCUUUGGCUUUGGCCCUGGGCAUGCUUGCUUGCCCAGGCAAAGCUUAGAAGCAUUCUUCUACAAGAAUGAAAGCCCCUAGAGAUACUGGAGUGGAGGGAAGGCUGUCCUCUGUCACAAUCACUCCUUAACUAUCCUUGGACCAAUCUUGCUCUUGUUCCCUCAGCGUUAGGAAAGUCUGUCUCAGUGACUGCCUUACAGCUGAAAAACAUUCAGUGCCCCUUCUCCCUCCCCCACCCCUUAAAUUCUUGUUUCCUUCCAUUCUUUGGCUCCUCUAUCUAGGCUCAACUCUACAGCAAGUCCGUGACCAAAGUGGCACGUGUUAGUUGUUUUGGGUUUGGCAGAAACUGUUUACUACAGGGAAUACACAGGGACAAGAAAUGCUUUGAAGGGAGCCCAAUGGAGAAUUAAAAACAGGAAAAACCUGCUGUCCAGCAUUCUGGAUCUAUGAAGAUCAACCCCUGCGUGUGUAACAGCAAUCAGAGGUAUUAGGAAAAAUUCCUACAACUACCAUCUUGCUGCCCCUACCUUACCCACAUCUGGAAAGUGUGUGUGAAUAGAUCUGAUCUAACAUUAUCUACCUGUACUGUUGUAAUGUGUUGGAAUUUGGUCACCAUUAAAUAAUUCCGUUAAACUUA